CAUUCAAUUUGAAUUUGAUGAACAUAUGCGUUUGACAAAGGUCUUUCACAAUCACUACACCAAGUGUCAUGAUGUUACGUAUAUUCACUUUUACGCCUAUACUAACAUAUUGUAGACACUUUCUGCUCAAGAUAAGAAAAAACCGAAACACAAAAAACACAGAAUAACUUAGGUAAAUAAUGUAUGCGGAAUUGCUAGAUCUGCUACGAUUAUGAAUAGAAUCAAAUAUACUAAAGUAAACUAAUGUGUAAUGAGGAUGGUAAUACUGUGAAACUUGAUCAUUUAGUUAACGUCAUCGUACGUUGAGCUAAGUAAACCGUGAUUCGGCGACAAAUAAGUGAAGCUUUUUUUUUUUAAAUAGACAUAGGUAUUGAGCAGCUAUUAUUAAUUAGAAUCAACGAAAAAUUUUUGGAAGAUUCUCGAUACUUCAUUAGAAAUCGGAAGAGGUAAGGGUUCGAUUGGAGAUUGAUAGGUAAAUUCGUGGUAGGAGCGCACAUGUCAUGAUUUAUCUAUAGGGCACUCUUCGUACACCAACGUGUAUUUAUCAUAAUUAUGAAUACCAUAAAUCAAGCCAUAAAUUUUCAGGGUAUUUGUUUAUCUAUCGAUCUAUAUUUAUCCUCCAUUCGCCCACCCUAUGUCUCAACGCACGUUUCGUGGAGUUGUACAAAUAAUGAUAAUGGAAAAGUAUUAAAACGUGUAGCAAGGUAGAUUGCAUACAUAUGAUAUUAUCAACUCACGCGUAAACAUUACAUUACGAAUACCACAUCGCCAGCACGGAAAUAUCUAGUGGUCUGAAUCCCUCAUACUUACAGACAGUUGUCGGCUCUUAACGAGAGCGCAUCAAAAAAAUAUCUGAAAAAAAUUAUUAUCCAUCUUUUGAUGAAAACCAUUUACACUCAUUAAAACCGAGAAGGUGAAGAUCUUUUUGAAAAGAAGUAUUCAGAAAUAUUUCUAAUAUCAACUAUCGUCAUAUAUCAUCAGCCAGUUACAAUAAUUAUUGGCGGUGCAAAUCCGCUAUAAUAAAUUACGGGGACGGUGUUCGCAUUUUGAGCAUUCAAUAUGGAUACUAGUCGGAACAAACACAGCCGAAACAAUCUCGAAGAAAAAUCGAAUAUUUUUACAAAGAUUGCUUUAGGGUGGACAUGGCCGAUUUUCAUCAAAGGGGCGAAGCGGGACUUGGAAAUUUCAGAUUUGUACGAUCCACUGAGAUCCGAUGAAUCCGAUUAUCUAGGUGACUGUCUAGAAAGAGAAUGGAAAAAGGAGUUACGGAAAGCGGAUGAGGAAAUCGUUCUCGAGGAGGACGGGACUAAGCGACGAGCAAAGCAACCGAGUCUGACAUGGGCGCUAAUUCGAGUUUUUCGAACAACCUUCAUGUUGAAAGGUCUUGGGCUUCUUUGUCACAGCUUGGGAUUGCAGGUUGCUCAGCCAAUCAUCCAAGGAUGGAUAAUCUCGUACUUUUCACCAUCCCAAAACCAUACAACUCAGACACAGGUUCUUAUCUACUCUGCGUGCCUCAUCGCAGUCAUAUUUUCAGCGGCGUUAGUCAGUCAUCAUAUGGCCCUCAGGAAUCAACAGAUUGGAAUGCGAGUCAAGGUCGCAUGCAGCUCGCUCAUUUAUCGUAAGGUGCUCAGGCUGAAUCAAGCUGCUGUAAGUAACACCGCCGCGGGACAAGUUGCUAAUAUACUCAGCAAUGAUGUAGCACGCUUUGACUUCAUCUUCAUAUACCUCCACUACCUUUGGCUUAUGCCACUUCAAACCAUAUUAAUCGGAUAUGUCAUGUGGCAAUCUGUUGGCAUAUCCGCACUAGUUGGAAUUGGAGCAAUGCUGACACAGACCAUACCCAUACAAGGAUAUCUCAGUCAUCUCAGUGCAAAGCUUCGUUCAAAAAUUGCUGUUAAAACGGAUGAGAGAGUUCAACUUAUGAGUGAGCUCAUAUCCGGAUGCCAGGUGGUAAAAAUGUACUCAUGGGAAAAACCAUUCGAAUAUAUAGUGAAGAAGAUUCGAGCAAUGGAGAUAAAACUGAUCAGCCAGACAUCUUACCUGCGUGGUUUUUACCUUAGCAUAAUGGUAUUCUGUGAAAGAGUCACCCUGUUUUUGACGCUAAUUUGCUUCGUUCUACUGGGAAACCCAUUGGCACCAGAGAUCACCUUCGUUAUGGCCAGCUUGUUCAAUAUUUUACAAUUCACAAGCGCUAUUUGUUUCCCACAAGCUUUGAUAAUUGCUGGUGAAGCCAGCAUCUCUCUUAAUAGAAUUACGGAUUUCCUGUUACUUGAUGAGGUAAAAACUUCAGAGAAAUUUUCUUCUGCAUUACCAACUCCCAGAAAUAGUGGUACGCAGAAAUCUCAACCCCCUACUGCAAAAAAUACCAGCCCAAUAAAAGGUGUUGCAAUUGAGAUGGUGAAAGUGGCAGCCAAUUGGGUUCACGGUCAGCUCCCACCGACCCUUUGUGAGCUGACAAUGGAAGUUCAGAGUGGAUCUCUAUGUGCACUCGUCGGUCCUGUAGGUGCUGGAAAAUCAUCCAUUCUCCAGAUUUUGCUCGGAGAACUUCCGGUUGGAGCUGGAAGAGUCACAUUGUACAACACUGCUGGAACAAUCCACACUGGAAAUAUUUUGUGCCGGAAAGAUAUUAAAAUAUCAUACGCGUGCCAAGAUCCCUGGCUAUUUUCAGCAUCCAUCAGAGACAACAUUCUGCUCGGUGAACCCUAUGACAAGGAAAGAUACCAAGAGGUUACUAGGGUUUGCGCUCUUCACAGGGAUUUUCAACUACUCCCUCAAGGUGACUUGACUUCUGUGGGCGAGAGAGGUUCGUCUUUAUCUGGGGGUCAAAAAGCUCGGGUGAAUCUGGCACGAGCUGUUUACAGAGAAGCUGAUUUGUAUCUUCUGGAUGAUCCCCUAAGCGCAGUUGAUCCCCGAGUUAGCCGGCAGUUAUUCGAAGAAUGCAUAAAUGGUUAUCUCAAGGGGAAAACUCGUAUCUUAGUAACUCACCAGUUACAGUACCUACCACAAGUUGACAAAAUAGUAGUUCUGAAUCGCGGUACAGUGGAACGUCAAGGAACUUACAAAGAAAUCGCGGACACCGAUGUACAAGUUUCCGAAUCUGAGGAAUCAGUGGUUGAGGAUUCACCAGAAGAUCCCAAAAGUGCAGAUGAUAUAAAGGAUGAAGAGACCAAAGUUAGUCAAUCGAUAACUGAACAGAUUAGUCCAGAAGUUGCAGAUAAUAAUAAGGAGACUGUGGCAUCAGGUUCAAUGUCGAGCAAGGUCUACAUUGGGUAUUUCAAGGCUGGUGGGAACAUCUGCUCUCUUUUAUUGGUUCUCUUCGUUUUUAUCGUGGCGCAGUUGUCCGCCAGCGGUACUGAUUACUGGUUGACAUAUUGGACAAAUCAGGAAGUCUCCAGGACGAGUUGGAAACUCAAUCACUCUACCAAUUCAAACACAUUGUUUGAAAUGGAUCCAAGCGAUGGGUUGAACCAAACUGAAUCACAGAGUUCGUCAAUCUGGUAUGAUGAGCUGGGACUCUUCUAUGAACACUCUGCUAUGUACAUUUAUACAUUAUGCAUGAUAAUGUGUAUCCUGCUGGUCAGUCUUCGUAGUCUUAUUUUCGUCCGCAUCUGUAUGAAUGCCAGCAGAAAUAUUCACAAUGCAAUGUUCGCAAAUCUCUUGAAGGCCACAAUGCGGUUCUUCAAUACUAAUCCAACAGGACGGAUCUUGAACCGAUUUUCGAAGGAUGUUGGUGCCAUGGAUGAAACACUGCCAAAAGUCAUGCUCGAAACUCUUCAAAUUUUCUCUGUGAUGAUAGGAAUUCUGACAAUGGUCGUCAUAGUUAAUUACUGGAUGGCGAUUCCAAUAGUUAUAAUGGGCACUAUUUUUUACACUGUGAGGAUAUACUACAUGAAAACGGCUCAACAUAUAAAAAGACUUGAAGGAGUUGCAAAGAGCCCCGUCUUCUCCCAUGUAAGUUCGACUCUUGAUGGUUUAACAACCAUAAGAAGCAGAGGGGCGGCAGUUGAGGAGCUUUUACGAAAAGAAUUUGACCAUCUUCAAGACACCCACAGCGGCGCGUGGUACCUCACUCUCGCAACCGCUACUGCAUUCGGAUGCACACUCGACUUCGUUUCCUGCUGUUUCAUUGCCUGUGUAUGCUACUCCUUCAUCCUCAUCGAUGCCGAAAACACACUGGGUGGUAAUGUGGGACUGGCGUUGUCGCAGUCCCUUAUAUUAACAGGUAUGGUACAGCAUGGUAUCAGACAAAGUACUGAGGUCAUAGCACAAAUGACAUCGGUGGAGAGAGUUCUCCAAUACACAGCCUUGCCCAAAGAAGGACCUUUUACAACAAAGAAUCCACCACCUGCUACCUGGCCUGAAAAAGGUCGCUUAACUUUCAAAAAUGUAUCAAUGAAGUAUGCAGAUCAUAAGCCACCAGUAUUAAAGGAUAUGAAUCUACAGAUUGAGCCAGGCUGGAAAAUAGGAAUUGUGGGAAGAACAGGAGCUGGUAAAUCCUCCCUGAUUUCGGCACUUUUCUGUUUGACCGGAGAUGGUCUCAAGGGAAAGAUAGAGAUUGACGGAAUCGAUACAAAAUCAAUAGGUCUACACGAGCUGCGACCAAAAAUUUCUAUAAUUCCUCAAGAGCCAAUCCUCUUCUCAGCGAGUAUUCGAUACAAUUUAGAUCCCUUCGAACAGUACACUGAUGAUCAAUUAUGGGACACUCUUCGCGAAGUUGAACUCGGAGAUGCCAUUCCUUCCCUAGACUUUAGAGUAGCUGGAGGUGGCGCUAAUUUCAGCGUAGGACAAAGACAGCUCGUAUGCCUUGCCAGGGCAAUCUUGAGAAAUAAUCGGCUACUUGUGCUCGAUGAAGCCACUGCAAAUGUCGACAGGCGAACCGAUGCGCUAAUUCAGAAUACUAUAAGGCGUAGAUUCGCCGAUUGUACAGUACUCACAAUAGCUCAUCGUUUAAACACAAUUAUGGACAGUGAUAAAGUCUUGGUGAUGGCAGCAGGACAGGUAUUGGAGUUUGGAAAUCCCCAUCAACUCCUGCGAAAUCCUAAGGGACAUUUCUCAGAGAUGCUGCAACAAACUGGGAAAGACAGCGCAGAAAAAUUGGCAGAGAUUGCGAGAGUAGCCUAUGAGCAAAAAUACGGAAUACGGAAUAAUUCGGAAGAAACUAGAGCUACAAGCCCGGCAAGUAACGAGACAACAUAUUUAUAAUCGCGAUGAGUUGUCAGAGGAAAGUCUUCCCCUGACAGAUUGAUGUCAUGGCAUCUAAGGAUUAUCGUCGUUUGGAACCUCUACUGAUUAGCAGCAGGGAUGAAUAAUUUCAUAUCAAUAAUCACUGAUAUUACUUGAAGUACGCCGUCACUUGUGAUAUGAAAUUGGCGCGAAAACAUUGAUUGUUUCCAAUAACACAACUGUAAAUAAACUGUAUAAGAAGAUUUA